AUGAAACUCUCAAGGGUGUUGUAUGCUCAACAUAUAGGUUUUAUGUUCAAAAAACAUUGGGUAAUUCAAGGAAAACGCGUACCAAUUGAUUCAGGCGUAGAACAAUAUCUAAAAGAAAAAGGAAUAAACGUUGAAGAUGCUCUUGAAUUCGUGAAAGAGAAACCGGAAUUGCGGGAAAGACUUGAUAUUGUAGGACCAUACGAAAGACCGCUGCCUUUAGAUCAAAACCAUCCCAACUACAAAGAAAAACCAUGUUACACUUUGAGUAAUACCUCCGUCCUUUUAGAAGGCAUAUGUCAAGCCCAGGUCCUCACAAAAACGGUUAUAGCUGAAGAUAAACUUCCACCUAGAAUUGAGGAAUUAGCAGCAUUAUCAGCUCCUAAAGCUAUUCAUGAUGGUGUUAAGAAAGCAAUACUGAGUGCCAAUGUCUUUGAUUGUCAACAAAAAAAAUUACCUAAGAAAAAAGACCUGGAGCGACCUGCUUACAACUUUCCUCGGAUUUUAGGAAUUAGUGAUAGGAGACGAAAUGAAGUAUUAACAAACCGACUGCUACAAUUAGUUGAAAAGAGCAGUGACACCGAUGUGACCUGUAAUAAAUAUAUUCUAAAUGAUGUGGACUGUACUACACUAUUUGAUAAAGAAGAGGAACUUAUACAGUUUCAGGAUAUCUCAAACAUCCUUGUUACAAGUAAUAAGCCACUGAAACAUGAAAUCGACAACGAAGACAUACCAUUUAUUGGAAUACCUGAUUUAUAUCCUAUAAAACAUACAAUUUCACUACCUGCACAGCAUUUCUAUGAUGAAAGUAGCAAAUACCCGAUCCGGUCAAACAUAUCAGUCAAAUACCCUCAUACAACAUGGUUACACUACAAUCCCACUGAAGUCAACAAUCUUUAUGAAGAACCUGUGACCCCCAUACAAGUCCUAGGCCGAUCUUUGACACAUGCUUUCACUAUUGCGUCCGCAUUUGCUAAACAAUUAUAUGGGGAGGAAACAAAAGACUUACCUGAACCCGUAUAUGUUAACUGUAUACAAACAGACGGCCAACGUUUUCACUUUGGUAUCUUCGAACUUAACACUUUAAAUGUAGAAGGAACCGAAGGACCUAAAAACGUCUGGUACUGUAAAAAUGACCUGAAGUUGUAUGACUCCAGUAGAUAUCUCAGCGGGAUACCAGUGCUUGAAAACUACAAUCCACAAAUUUACGGUUACAUAAAUGCCUUUUACAAUUGUUAA